AUGUUCAGAACAGCAAUAAAGAGAGCACGAAAAACAAUUCCCCGCUAAAAAGGCUUAUUUUUUUUUCUAGAAUUCAUUUCUUUUAACUUUCCCUUCCACUUCCUAAUUUCCAACCAUUCAAUUUUACUCUUGCAAUUCUUUUCACUUUUUAGAUUCUUUUGUAUUUGUUUUGUCACAUCUCAUAAAACUUCGCGGGGCGCAUUCGUGUAGUUUGCAUAAUGGAAUAAGUGUAGGAGUUGAGGAACUUAAAGCAAAUCCGGUCGAACCAUUGAAAAUCAGGAGAAUUUAGUAGUAAAUCUACUGAAGGUUAUUUGCGAAGUAACGGACUAACCCCUAAGAGGGAUAUUUCUCRGCCAGCAUUUUCUUCUCUUUCUUUCACAUCAUCCCACAUCAAAAUGCCUAAAAAUAGUCCUAUGAACGUCGUAGUUUCGACUAAAGAUGCAAGACUUGAGCUUACAAUCAUGUCUACAACGACAGGAAAACAGCUCUUCGACCAGGUUGUCCGAACGAUUGGUCUACGAGAGAUUUGGUUCUUUGGACUUAAGUACAUCGAUAAUAAAGGACAAAUCGCUUGGGUCAAACUUACUAAAAAGAUAUCGGCUCAUGAAGAUCUAAAGAAGGCGAAUCCAAUGGAGUUCACAUUUGAAGUCAAAUUCUUUCCUGAAGCAGUCGAAGAGGAGCUUAUCCAAGAAGUUACAAAGCGUUUAUUUUUUCUUCAAAUCAAAGACGCUAUCCUCAAUGAUGAGAUAUAUUGUCCUGCAGAAACGUGUAUUCUCCUAGCGUCAUAUGCAUGCCAGGCGAAGUACGGCGACUACCAGAUUACAAGUGAUAUCACUCUCGACAAACUGUUUCCCGAAAGAAUAAUUCUUCAGCAUGAGUUGAGCAAAGAGGAGUGGAUCAAUAAGAUACAAACUUGGUGGCUAGACCAUGGUCAAAUGUUAAAAGAAGACGCGAUGGUGGAGUACUUGAAACUCGCUCAAGAUUUGGAAAUGUAUGGAGUGAAUUAUUUUGAGAUCAAGAACAAGAAAGGGACUAAAUUACUUCUUGGUGUUGAUGCUCUUGGGCUAAAUAUCUAUGAAAUCACAGACAGACUUACUCCUCAAAUCGGUUUCCCGUGGAGAGAAAUCGGAAACAUCUCAUUCAACGACAAGAAGUUCACUAUUAAAGCUGUCGAAAAGAAAGCCCCGGACUUCGUAUUCUUCUCCGAGCAUCUGCGAAUAAACAAGCGAAUUCUUGCUCUCUGUAUGGGAAACCACGAGCUGUAUCUGCGCAGGCGCAAAGAAGACACAAUCGAAGUGCAGCAAAUGAGAGCACAGGAAAGAGAGCGAAGAGAUGCGAUUCUAAUGGACAGGAAAGCUCUCAAAGAUAGAGAAAAAGCAAAUCAAGAAACAACUCGCGAGUAUCUUAAACUCCAAGAAAUAGUGAAACAGAGCGAACAAGAAAAAGAGAAAAUUCGAGAAGAAAACGAAAAACUACAAAGGCAGUUGGAAUUGAAAGCAAAAUUGGAGAAGAAACUGGAAGAGCUUGACAAGGAGCGAGCUGCAGAGAGAGAACGACUAAACCAGGAAAAGGAACAACUUCGUAUCGAAAGCGAGAGAAAGGCAAAAGAGGCACAACGACUAAAAGAGGAAAACGAAAGGAAGGAGAGAGAAGCGAAGGAAAUAGAAAAUGAACGUUUACUUCAGGGACGAGCCAAUGAGAAACUAAGGGAUGACAAAGGGAAAAACUCUCAAAAAAAUUAGAGCAGGAAACACAGCACGACGCGUCGAAGAAUUCGAAAAUAAAAAAAAAUGAAAAACACGCGCACAUUUAGGUUYAGGAAUUAGGCACU